AUGCGGAACCCCGGCCCCUUCUCCGGUGAACCCGGGGAGAAUGUGAAUCUCUACGUGACACAGUGCAAAUCUGCAUGGCAAGCCGUCACCGACAUGCUAGCAGAGGAUAGGGCCCAAGUCCAGGCUAUGACCUUGUUGGCAGGGUUGAGGGGACCGGCUCUAGCAUUCGCACAUACCCUCCCACAGGAGAUCCAAGAUAACUUCGAAGAAUUUUCGCAACGGCUGAUCGAGCAAUUCCCCUUUGUGGGCGUUAGAUGGUCGACAAGCUAG